UACCGCCCCACCCUGCAGAAGGAAAAAAAAAAAAAAACAAGCUUCGUUCCAACAUUGGACACAAUACCCAUCCAUCAAAGCCUUAGCCAAUCACCGAGCCUGCCUGCUGACUUCCCGCCCCUCCCCCUUGCUCACCUUAUCCAGCCCCUAUCGGCGGGGAGCUUCCCUAACUCAACCCCCGCCUAUUGAAGAAGUACCGCUGGAGCCCACCCUCGGCCUUGGGGUGGGCGGGGAAGCAGGCAGUUCCACGUGUGCAAGGGGGCUUUGGAAGCCGGCAGCUCCAGGUGUGCAGGGGGGCUUUGGAAGCCAGCAGCUCCAGGUGUGCAAGGGGGCUUUGGAAGCCGGCAGCUCCAUGUUUGCAAGGGGGUUUUGCAAGCAGUCACCUCCAUGUUUGCAAGGGCCGCGGGGCGAAGCCGCGGAGUUCCUGGGGGUUUCCGCACCAGCUGUGCCAACUCCUGCCGGCUCGCAGCCUGCCAGGUUCCGGGACCGAAUGCUGACUCGACCCCCAGGGGCCAGGGAGUUCAGAACCCCGGCAGCUCACAGGGCCAGCGGCGAGGCGCAGGUGCUUUUCCCGUAGCCUCUCUCGCCCCGGGCGGCCGCCCCUCCAGCAACGCCAGUGUUGCCCCCGUCCCGAGUCCAAAACAAACGCGGGCCCACGGUUUUGGCGCCUCACCGGAGCGCGCCUAGCACCCCCUCCGACAAGUUUGCGGGCAGAAAUAAAACCCUCGGAGCGGCUGCCGCCCUUGCUCAGCGUGGGGAGCAGACACUUCUUGAAUUGCUGCCUCUCAUUAGAGUAACAUCUUCAAUGCAAUUGGCCUGUUGUGUAUUGUAAGUGCCCACAGCACUGCAGGACCCCCUCCUCCUAAGCCCAACUUUGACUCAGUCUCCCUUAGGCAGCUGGUGAACACAAGUGUAACCUGGGAAACACGAGCACUGGCCCAUGGUCUCCUGCCAGGAGCAUAUCAACAGUGGUCUCCACUUUGAAAGUGUUUUUCUCAUGCUCAUGGCUCAUGGAUACAAGAGAUCCUGAAAGAUUCAAAUACAGGAUAUGCCAGAAAAGUGAUCUGGGUACAAGGAAACUUCCUGCCCAUCCCCAGGAGCAUCUAAAUCAGCCUCUGGCCAACAGCAGGUGGCGCCUCGGUCGUUGCCCCCUGCCAGCUUCUCCACUGAAGGUGCUGUGGACUUGAAGCCAUCAGGAGAUUUGGAAUGGUUGUGAUUUACACAGCAGGGCCUGAGUCUUGGUGAGGAAGGGUAGGAGCAGGGAGCUGCUCACUCAGAGCUGGGUCAGCCUCUGACCCUUCUUAGCCAGGCCUGAUUCCAGGCUGCUCGGGCAGCUGUUCUGGUCAAUAGGUACUGAGACCCUGGCAGCUUGUCGGCUUCAUUCCCUGAGCUGUCCAAGCACCAGCCCCACAGGCCACUUUUUCACUUAAUGAAUCUUAACUGCCCAGCAGCCUGGUUUGGUUGGUUGAAGAUGAAUCUGAUUCUAAGUUCAACUGUCACAGGGGCAGUUGGCUGGGAACGUCCUGCAUUCUGAGUCAGCUGGGAGUCAAGGAGGCUACUGGUCAUUCAGAGAGGUCACCCAACCACAAGGAAGUCACCCCACAAGGCAGAUACAGGGUCAAGUGUGGGGCCGGGCAGAAACCGCUGCCUAGUAGAAGUCAUGGCGGUGUGGUUGGAGAGAGCGAAAGCUGCCGCUAGAGGCGAUGGCGCGGUCCCAUGGAGCAGAAGAGGAGUCAUCUACCAACUAGCAGAAGCCGUGGCGUCCAGAAGCGAUGGCGUGGUCCCAGCCAGCAGAAGUGGCCACGCAGUCCCAGCCAGCUUUGGAGAAGCCUUGGUGGCUUCCAUGUGAUGGGGGAGCAGAAGGCAGGUCUCCGCGGUUUAUCUGGGUUGCUCCACAUGACACUGUUUCAUCAUUUUGGUGGCUGAAGAAUAUUCCCUAGUGUAUGCAUAUGAAAGUUUCUUGAUCCCUUUGUGGAUGGACAGCAUCAUUUCAGGAUGAGUAUUUUGCAUCAAGUGGAUUCAAGGAACAGUGUGAAGGAUCCAUGGCCUCAAUCACCAUGAAGACCCUCCCAAGAGCCAACCAUCCUGGGCACAUAUAAAUGAGUGGAGACAUGGAACUCACCCUUACAAGGCCUAGAACCUGACAGAGCAUACAAGACAGAAGCCCAAAUAACUAAGAACAGGAAGCUGAAGGUGAGAGGUGGGCCCCAAAGGAUUUUGUGAAAAUGCUUUGUGUUUGUGGAUUUAUCACGCAGAACGAAGCCUUUGUUUUUAUUCACAGGUUAGACACACUCUCUAUAUAGAAUCUGUGAAGGGACAUUUCUGGGUUUUUUUGAGGCCUAUGGUGAAAAAUGGAAUAUCUCAGGCAGCUCAGGAUGAAUAAUGCAGUCACCAAGAGGGGCAGGGUGGCCAGCAGCAGGGAUGGGCAUUGUGAGCCACUGGCCUGACUUUGUUGUUUGCUGGUAACCAGAUGACAUAGGAGGCUUUGUGGGUGAAAGGCAUCAGCUAGGGCCAGCAGCCUUCAGUCAGAAGCUGGUAGUGGGAGGAGGAAGAGCUCUGACGACUCUCAUAGAAGUGGCACUUGCUCUGUUGCUUGGCUUUUUCUUUCUUUUCUUUUCUUUUUUUAUUUUGUGUGUUGCUUUUUUUUCUUGUUUUUUUGUGUUGUUUUGUUUUGUUUUUUUCUUUUUUUUAAUUUUAGGUUUGGUUGUACAUUUGAAGAACAUGCAAGAUUGUUGCAUAGUCCCCUUUUAGGUCACCCAUGGGGAAUUGCCUAGGCUCCAAGGAUGACCUAGGUUGUGCCUACUGCAUGCAGGCAGUGCUGUUGUGUUGUGAGACUCAGGUAGUGGAUCCUACACAAAUAGCAACCACCACUGCAGAGCCUGCCAUAUUACAUUCUGGAGUGGCGGAAGUCCAGCACGUGCAGCCCAUCAAGCGGCGCAAAGGUUUGGCUGGCCGUGCCAGGAGCUGGUUAAAAAAAAAAUGGAGGCAUAAGAAAAUUUGCCCCAUUGAAAAUGAAGCUCCUGUUGAAGAACCAAAGGAGUGCAAAACUCUUUUUCACCUGACAUCACCUGAUCAUGAGACAUCACCUGACAUAGAAAAUGCUACAGAUGAAUAUCAACACACUCCUGUUGAUGACUCAGAGGAGUGUACACAUGGCAGUAAGAAGAAAGAGGUUGCCUCUGACAUGGAGAAGCCUGCAGCCCAGUAUCACAACCGUCCUGCUAAGGUCUUACAAGACCUUAUCAUAGAAGACAUUGAGGAUGAUGAGCUGUUCCCUGAUGUGGAGAAGCCAGCGGCCCAGUAUCACCACCGUCCUGCUAAGGUCUUACAAGACCUCAUCAUAGAAGACAUUGAGGAUGAUGAGCUGUUCCCUGAUGUGGAGAAGCCAGCGGCCCAGUAUCACCACCGUCCUGCUAAGGUCUUACAAGACCUCAUCAUAGAAGACAUUGAGGAUGAUGAGCUGUUCCCUGAUGUGGAGAAGCCAGAGGCCCAGUAUCACCACCGUCCUGUUAAGGUCUUACAAGACCUUAUCAUAGAAGACAUUGAGGAUGAUGAGCUGUUCCCUGAUGUGGAGAAGCCAGCGGCCCAGUAUCACCACCGUCCUGCUAAGGUCUUACAAGACCUCAUCAUAGAAGACAUUGAGGAUGAUGAGCUGUUCCCUGAUGUGGAGAAGCCAGCGGUGCAGUAUCACCACCGUCCUGUUGAGGUCCCACAGGACCUCAUCAUAGAAGACAUUAAAGAUGAUGAGCUAUUCCCUGAUGUGGACACCGUGACAGCCCCAAGUGACCUCCCUCCUCCUGAGGAUUGCAGGAGCAUCACUUCUGAGGAUGAUGUUGAGAGUUCAUCACUCGGUGUUUAUGUGUCUUCAAAUGACCAGGCGAGCACGGUCGGACUCAGAUCCUGGACAGAGGAAGAAGAUCUGGAGGAGGAAGACCUCUAUAGAACAUCCCAGGAAAGGGCGAGAAGCUGGAUUCUGGGGAGCAACUUCAAACCCCACAAAGAUGACCCCCAAGGUAGUGCCGGUGUUCCAUCUGAAGUGUGACUCUGCUGGAUCAUCAUCCAUGGCUGGGACAUCAGGGGCAUUAUCCACAGACGGGCAUCUACAGCUGGGGCAUCAUCCAUGCCUGUGGCAUCAUCCACAGCUGGGGUAUCAUCCACGCCUGGGGCAUCAUUCACUGCUGGGGCAUCAUCUCCUGGGGCAUCAUCCACAGAUGGGCAUCAUCCACACCUGGGGCAUCAUCCACUGCUGCAGCAUCAUCCAUACCUGGGGCAUCAUCCACUCCUGCGGCAUAAUCCACUGCUGUGGCAUCACCCACAGAUGGGCAUCAUCCACACCUGGAGCAUCAUCCACUGCUAUGGCAUCAUCCACAGCUGGGGUAUCAUCCACUGCUGUGGCAUCAUCCACUGCUGGGGCAUCAUCCAUGCCUGGGGCAUCAUCCACUGCUGUGGCAUCAUCCACUGCUGGGGCAUCAUCCACAGCUGGGGCAUCAUCCACUGCUGUGGCAUCAUCCACUGCUGGGGCAUCAUCCAUGCCUGGGGCAUCAUCCAUGCCUGGGGCAUCCACUGCCGCGGCAUCAUCCACUGCUGCAGCAUCAUCCACAGAUGGGCAUCAUCGACUGCUGGGCCAUCAUCCAUGCCUGGGGCAUCCACUGCUGUGGCAUCAUUCACAGAUGGGCAUAAUCGACUUGUGGCAUUAUCCACUGCUGGGGCAUCAUCCACUGCUGCAGUGUCCACAGAUGGGGCAUCAUCCAUGCCAGGGGCAUCAUUCACUGCUGUGGCAUCAUCCACAGAUGGGCAUCAUCCAUGUCUGGGGCAUCCACUGCUGAGGCAUCUUCCAUGCCUGGGGCAUUUACUGCUGGGGCAUCAUCCACACCUGGGGCAUCAUCCAUGCCUAGGGCAUCAUCCACUGCUGUGGCAUCAUCCAUGCCUGGAGCAUCAUCCACUGCUGGGGCAUCAUCCACAGAUGGGCAUCAUCCAUGUCUGGGGCAUCCACACCUGGGGCAUCCACUGCUGAGGCAUCUUCCAUGCCUGGGGCAUCCACUGCUGUGGCAUCAUCCAUGCCUGGGGCAUCAUCCACAGAUGGGCAUCAUCCAUGCCUGGGGCAUCAUCCAUUGCUGGGGCAUCAUCCACAGAUGGGCAUCAUCCAUGCCUGGAGCAUCAUCCACUGCUGUGGCAUCCACGCCUGGGGCAUCAUCCACUGCUGGGGCAUCCACAGAUGGGCAUCAUCUAUGCCUGGAGCAUCCACUGCUGUGGCAUCAUCCACGCCUGGGGCAUCAUCCACUGCUGGGGCAUCCAUGCCUGGGGCAUCAUCCACAGCUGGGGCAUCAUCCACUGCUGUGGCAUCAUCCACACCUGGGGCAUCAUCCACUGCUGUAGCGUCAUCCAUGCCUGUGGCAUCAUCCAGUGCUGGGUCAUCACACCUGUGGCAUCAUCCACAGAUGGGCAUCAUCCAUGCCUGGGGCAUCAUAUACAGCUGGGGCAUCAUCCACACCUGGGGCAUUAUCCACUGCUGGGGCAUCAUCCAUGCCUGGGGCAUUAUCCACUGCUGGGGCAUCAUCCACAGAUGGGCAUCAUCCACUCCUGGACCAUCAUCCACUGCUGUGGCAUCCAUGCCUGGAGCAUCCACUGCUGGGGCAUCCACAGCUGUGGCAUCAUCCAUGCCUGGGGCAUCAUCCACAGAUGGGCAUCAUUCACUGCUGGGGCAUCAUCCACACCUGGGGCAUCAUCCACAGAUGGGCAUCAUCCAUGCCUGGGGCAUCAUCCACUGCUGUGCCAUCAUCCAUGCCUGGGGCAUCAUCCACAGAUGGGCAUCAUCCACUGCUGGGGCAUCAUCCACACCUGACGCAUCCACAGAUGGGCAUCAUCCAUGCCUGGCACAUCAUCCACUGCUGGGGCAUCAUCCACAGAUGGGCAUCAUCCAUGCCUGGAGCAUCAUCCACUGCUGUGGCAUCCAUGCCUGGAGCAUCCACUGCUGGGGCAUCCAUGCCUGGGGCAUCAUCCACUGCUGGGGCAUCAUCCAUGCCUGGGGCAUCAUCCACAGCUGGGGCAUCAUCCAUGCGUGGGGCAUCCACACCUUGGGCAUCAUCCAUGCCUGGGGCAUUAUCCACUGCUGUGGCAUCCAUGCCUGUGGCAUCCACUGCUGGGUCAUCAUUCACACUUGUGGCAUCAUCCACAGAUGGGCAUCAUUCAUGCCUGGGGCAUCAUAUACAGCUGGGGCAUCAUCCACACCUGGACCAUCAUCCACUGCUGUGGCAUCAUCCACAGAUGGGCAUCAUCCAUGCCUGGGGCAUCAUCCACUGCUGGGGCAUCAUCCACAGAUGGGCAUCAUCCAUGCCUGGAGCAUCAUCCACUGCUGGGGCAUCAUCCACAGAUGGGCAUCAUCCAUGCCUGGAGCAUCAUCCACUGCUGUGGCAUCCAUGCCUGGAGCAUCCACUGCUGGGGCAUCAUCCAUGCCUGGGGCAUCAUCCACUGCUGGGGCAUCAUCCAUGCCUGGGGCAUCAUCCACAGCUGGGGCAUCAUCCAUGCCUGGGGCAUCAUCCACACCUGGGGCAUCAUCCACUGCUGUGGCAUCAUCCAUGCCUGUGGCAUCAUCCACUGCUGGGUCAUCAUCCACACCUGUGGCAUCAUCCACAGAUGGGCAUCAUCCAUGCCUGGGGCAUUAUCUACUGCUGGGGCAUCAUCCACAGAUGGGCAACAUCCACUCCUGGACCAUCAUCCACUGCUGUGGCAUCCACAGAUGGGCAUCAUCCAUGCCUGGGGCAUCCAUGCCUGGGGCAUCAUCCACACCUGGGGCAUCAUCCACUGCUAUGACAUCAUCCAUGCCUGGGGCAUCAUCCACAGAUGGGCAUCAUCCACUGCUGGGGCAUCAUCCACACCUGGGGCAUCAUCCACAGAUGGGCAUCCAUGCCUGGAGCAUCCACUGCUGGGGCAUCAUCCACAGAUGGGCAUCAUCCAUGCCCGGUGCAUCAUCCACUGCUGUGGCAUCCAUGCCUGGGGCAUCAUCCACUGCUGGGGCAUCAUCCACAUAUGGGCAUCAUCUAUGCCUGGAGCAUCAUCCACUGCUGUGGCAUCAUCCACGGCUGUGGCAUCAUCCAUGCCUGUGGCAUCAUCCACUGCUGGGUCAUCACACCUGUGGCAUCAUCCACAGAUGGGCAUCAUCCAUGCCUGGGGCAUCAUAUACAGCUGGGGCAUCAUCCACACCUGGGGCAUUAUCCACUGCUGGGGUAUCAUCCACAGAUGGGCAUCCAUGCCUGGACCAUCAUCCACUGCUGUGGCAUCCACAGAUGGGCAUCAUCCACACCUGGAGCAUCAUCCACUGCUGGGGCAUCAUUUAUGCCUGUGGCAUCAUCUAGUGCUGGGUCAUCAUCCACACCUGUGGCAUCAUCCACAGAUGGGCAUCAUCCAUGCCUGGGGCAUCAUAUACAGCUGGGGCAUUAUCCAUGCCUGGGGCAUUAUCCACUGCUGGGGUAUCAUCCACAGAUGGGCAUCAUCCACUCCUGGACCAUCAUCCACUGCUGUGGCAUCCACAGAUGGGCAUCAUCCAUGCCUGGGGCAUCAUCCACUGCUGGGGCAUCCACAGAUGGGCAUCAUCCAUGCCUGGAGCAUCAUCUGCUGAGGCAUCAUUCAUGCCUGGGGCAUCAUCCACAGCUGGGGCAUCAUCCAUGCCUGGGGCAUCAUCCACAGAUGGGCAUCAUCCACUCCUGGACCAUCAUCCACUGCUGUGGCAUCCACAGAUGGGCAUCAUCCAUGCCUGGGGCAUCAUCCACUGCUGGGGCAUCCACAGAUGGACAUCAUCCAUGCCUGAAGCAUCAUCUACUGCUGGGGCAUCAUUCAUGCCUGGGGCAUCAUCCACACCUGGGGCAUCAUCCACUGUGGCAUCAUCCAUGCCUGGGGCAUCAUCCACAGAUGGGCAUCAUCCACUGCUGGGGCAUCAUCCACACCUGGGGCAUCAUCCACAGAUGUGCAUCAUCCAUGCCUGGAGCAUCAUCCACUGCUAGGGCAUCAUCCACAGAUGGGCAUCAUCCAUGCCUGGAGCAUCAUCCACUGCUGUGGCAUCCAUGCCUGGGGCAUCAUCCACUGCUGGGGCAUCAUCCACAGAUGGGCAUCAUCUAUGCCUGGAGCAUCAUCCACUGCUGUGGCAUCAUCCAUGCCUGGGGCAUCAUCCACUGCUGGGGCAUCAUCCAUGCCUGGGGCAUCAUCCACUGCUGUGGCAUCUAUGCCUGGAGCAUCAUCCACUGCUGUGGCAUCAUCCAUGCCUGGGGCAUCAUCCACUGCUGGGGCAUCAUCCAUGCCUGGGGCAUCAUCCACGGCUGUGGCAUCAUCCAUGCCUGUGGCAUCAUCCACUGCUGGGUCAUCACACCUGUGGCAUCAUCCACAGAUGGGCAUCCAUGCCUGGGGCAUCAUAUACAGCUGGGGCAUCAUCCACACCUGGGGCAUCCACUGCUGGGGCAUCAUCCACAGAUGGGCAUCCAUGCCUGGACCAUCAUCCACUGCUGUGGCAUCCACAGAUGGGCAUCAUCCACACCUGGAGCAUCAUCCACUGCUGGGGCAUCAUUUAUGCCUGUGGCAUCAUCCAGUGCUGGGUCAUCAUCCACACCUGUGGCAUCAUCCACAGAUGGGCAUCAUCCAUGCCUGGGGCAUCAUAUACAGCUGGGGCAUCCAUGCCUGGGGCAUUAUCCACUGCUGGGGUAUCAUCCACAGAUGGGCAUCAUCCAUGCCUGGGGCAUUAUCCACUGCUGUGGCAUCAUCCACGCCUGGGGCAUCCAUGCCUGGGCAUCAUCCACUGCUGUGGCAUCAUCCAUGCCUGUGGCAUCCACAGAUGGGCAUCAUCCACACCUGGGGCAUUAUCCACUGCUGUGGCAUCAUCCACAGAUGGGCAUAAUCAACUGUUGUGGCAUCAUCCACUGCUGGGGCAUCAUCCACUGCUGCAGCAUCCACAGAUGGGGCAUCAUCCAUGCCAGGGGCAUCAUUCACUGCUGUGGCAUCAUCCACAGAUAGGCACCAUCCAUGUCUGGGGCAUCCACUGCUGAGGCAUCUUCCAUGCCUGGGGCAUCAUUUACUGCUGGGGCAUCAUCCACACCUGGGGCAUCAUCCAUGCCUAGGGCAUCAUCCACUGCUGUGGCAUCCACACCUGGAGCAUCAUCCACUGCUGGGGCAUCAUCCACUGCUGUGGCAUCCACAGAUGGGGCAUCAUCCAUGUCUGGGGCAUCCACGCCUGGGGCAUCCACUGCUGAGGCAUCUUCCACACCUGGGGCAUCAUCCACUGCUGUGGCAUCCAUGCCUGGGGCAUCAUCCACAGAUGGGCAUCAUCCAUGCCUGGGGCAUCAUUUACAGAUGGGCAUCAUCCAUGCCUGGAGCAUCAUCCACUGCUGGGGCAUCCACAGAUGGGUAUCAUCCAUGCCUGGUGCAUCAUCCACUGCUGUGGCAUCCAUGCUUGGGGCAUCAUCCACUGCUGGGGCAUCUAUGCCUGGAGCAUCAUCCACUGCUGUGGCAUCAUCCACGCCUGGGGCAUCAUCCACUGCUGGGGCAUCAUCCAUGCCUGGGGCAUCAUCCACAGCUGGGGCGUCAUCCACGCCUGGGGCAUCAUCCACUGCUGUGGCAUCAUGCCUGUGGCAUCAUCCACUGCUGGGUCAUCAUCCACACCUGUGGCAUCAUCCACAGAUGGGCAUCAUCCAUGCCUGAGGCAUCAUAUACAGCUGGGGCAUCAUCCACACCUGGGGCAUUAUCCACUGCUGGGGCAUCAUCCACAGAUGGGCAUCAUCCACUCCUGGACCAUCCACUGCUGUGGCAUCCACAGAUGGGCAUCCAUGCCUGGGGCAUCAUCCAUGCCUGGGGCAUUAUCCACUGCUGGGGCAUCAUCCACAGAUGGGCAUCAUCCAUGCCUGGGGCAUCAUCCACAGAUGGGCAUCAUUCACUUUUGGACCAUCAUCCACUGCUGUGGCAUCAUCCACAGAUGGGCAUCAUGUAUGCCUGGAGCAUCAUCCACUGCUGUGGCAUCAUCCACAGAUGGGGCAUCAUUCAUGUCUGGGGCAUCCACACCUGGGGCAUCCACUGCUGAGGCAUCUUCCACACCUGGGGCAUCAUCCACUGCUGGGGCAUCAUCCACAGAUGGGCAUCAUCCACUCCUGGACCAUCAUUCACUGCUGUUGCAUCAUCCACAGAUGGGCAUCACGUAUGCCUGGGGCAUCCACUGCUGGGGCAUCAUCUACUGCUGGGGCAUCAUCCAUGCCUGGGGCAUCCACUGCUAUGGCAUCAUCCACUGCUGGGGUGGCAUCCACAGGCAUCAACUGCUGGGGCAUCAUCCACGCCUGGGGCAUCAUCCACUGCUGGGGCAUCAUCCACAGAUGGGCAUCAUCCACUGCUGGGGCAUCAUCCACUGCUGUGGCAUCAUCCACAGAUGGGGCAUCAUUCAUGUCUGGGGCAUCCACACCUGGGGCAUCCACUGCUGAGGCAUCUUCCACACCUGGGGCAUCAUCCACUGCUGUGGCAUCAUCCAUGCCUGGGGCAUCAUCCACAGAUGGGCAUCAUCCAUGCCUGGGGCAUCAUUCACAGAUGGGCAUCAUCCAUACCUGGGGCAUCAUUCACUGCUGGGGCAUCAUCCAUGCCUGGGGCAUCAUUCACUGCUGGGGCAUCAUCCACACCUGUGGCAUCAUGCACUGCUGGGGCAUCAUCCACUGCUGGGGCAUCAUCCACACCUGGGGCAUCCACUGCUGGGGCAUCAUCCAUGCCUGUGGCAUCAUCUACAGAUGGGCAUCAUCCACGCCUGGGGCAUAUACAGCUGGGGCAUCCACACCUGGGGCAUCAUCCAUGCCUGGGCAUUAUCCACUGCUGAGGCAUCCACAGAUGGGCAUCAUCCAUUGCUGAGGCAUCAUCCACUGCUGGGGCAUCAUCCAUGCCUGGGGCAUCAUCCACUGCUGAGGCAUUAUCCACACCUGGGGCAUCCACAGAUGGGCAUCAUCCACUGCUGGGGCAUCAUCCAUGCCUGGGGCAUCAUCCACACCUCUGGUAGCUCUGCAGGAAGGUUGCCCACCUCACCCUUGCUUUUUCCAGGUUCCAGAGGCUCCCAUUUAAAGGAGUGUCUCUCCCCACUCUGCCUCACCCAACACCAGCUCUCCUGUACCUAUGGGCUUUCUAAAUGCUUUCUUCCACCUUCACCUCAUUGGAUUCAUGACUCUGGAAAAUAGUCAAAAAUUAUAAAAAGGUGGAAGUGGAGGUGAUCUGGAAAUCCCUGCUAUAAUAUUUUUAAAGGAAUCUACUGGAAACUAUGUUUUAAAUAAAGCCAUUCCUUAGCACUAGAAUAUCAAGCCAUUCAUGUUUUUAACAGGCUUUGAGAUAUAAUUCAAAUGUUUUUUACAUGAACAUGUAUGUAUGUGUAUAUAUAUAUAACUAUAUACAUAUGUGUGUAUGUGUACACACAGUUGUAUAUAUAUGCACAUACAUGUGUAUACAGUUAUGUAUAUAGUUGUAUAUAUAUAUACACACACACAUACGCAUAUAUGUAUAGUUUUAGGACACAAAAAUACUGAUCUUGAGAAAAAAGCAUUGGUCUACAUAAAUAUUGAAACUAUCUGGCAUAGCAAAAGUCCCCUUUAAGAAUAUGACUUACAAAGCGCAGAGUGACAGAAAAUGCUCACAGCGUGUUCAUGUGAAGAAUGUGUUGUGUUGGCCUUGGCUGUCAAUGUUGCCAAUGUUGCUGCUGUCCUCAGUGCAGACAGCUGUGGCAUUCGUUCAGAACCUUCGGAUGCUGAGAGUGGCUGAAUCAGCCCUGCCUGGGCCACAGACCCUAAAUUGGACAGAGGGGAGGGACUGUGGUUCAGAAUCAGCAUAGUGAGGAGGGCGGGUGUGUGGAGCAGAGCUGACUGGAUCCCUGUCCCUGGGUGAGGUGACCCCUCCUCUGUGCAGUGAGGAGGGUAAAGACAGGAGCCCUGGGUAUGGUUCAGAUGUGACUGCUUUGUGACACUGCUGUGGGGCCUGAGCUUUCCGAAGCCACCUCACGUCUCCCAAAAUCUUCAUGGGAGCAGAGCCACUGCAUUUAAAUAAGAGCUGCGACCCACCUGUUCUGGGCCCCUCUGCCCUGAGUUCUCACAGCUGACCCGGUGGGGUGAAGGUGUGUCCUAGCAGGUCAGUGUUGCCACCCAACUCUACCCAGUGGGCUCCCUGAUGACCAAACUUCCAUGGAGGCUCUGAGUCAUUUUCCAGCUGGGAGAGGCCAUCUCUGGAGUGUCCCUCACUGUCCCACACUGCCCUCAGACCCCAAAGCCUUUCUGUCUCUGACACACCAGGGCAUCUCAGGUGGAGAGCCUUGGCUGUCCUGAUCCUCCUUUCUGAAGCUGCUCACGAUGUCCACUCCUGGGGCAUCGUGGGCAGCCAGGAAUCCUAAAUAAAGGGGACAUGGGUUGAAGGGAGGUCACUUGUUCCUGCCAGCUGUGCCAGCAGAGCAUGUGUUGCACUUUCUAUCUGUCGGUGUUUCCUGGGACCUAGAAGCAGAGUUUACUCACACUAUUAACACUCUCCUCAUCAGCCACCUAAAGGCCUCUCUUUCAUAUUUUUCUUAUCACCAUUUCAACUCAUGUUUUCCUCCAUCUCUGAGUCACCAACUUAAGUGUAAAUCAUGUGGUUCCACUUUGGCUUCCAAGUCAUCUCUACAGAUACUUACAGAAUUCAUAGUGUGUUGUCAUUCUUAGCAAAUAAGUUUUCCUCUUUAGACCUCAUCUGGUUAUUUUAUUUUUCUGAGAUUUAAUCUCAGAAAACAUUUAGUUUCAUCCAUGUGUGCAUAUGAACCAUUUCUGUUACUUCCAAUGGGUCAGCAUUGUGUAAACUAUAUUUUAAUUUAAACCCUGCACUGAGCAGCCAGGUUGCUGCUGAUACCACGUGUCCAGUGAGGACUCCCUCCUGCACAUUUCCCUCCAUCUCUGAACCACAGUGGACUAGCUGCAUGGAGGGUGCACACUUAUGUUACUAUGUGCAGAGGGACAUCCUGCCGGAUGGCUGACCUUAUAAAUAGACCAGUUGUAAGAGCUUCUGAAGGUCCACAGCCUGGCUGGAAAUUUAUUUUUAUUUUUUAAAUUGCAACAUUAGUUGUCUGCUCAACACUCACGGGUUUCAUGCCUCACUCAGAAGUAACUGCACAAUUCUAGGGCAUCCACAGGAACCUAUAGGUUUUGCCUGCCCCUGACCCUGGCUGGCUGAUCUCCAAGCCCGCCAGGGGGCUCUGGCAGCUCCUGUCACUCCCAUUUUGCUCCCCCCAAACCCUUUUGCUUUGCUCUCUGCUGUUCCAGGCAGCUCCUCCCACACAGACGUGCUGGGCUCCACAGGGGUUUCUUUAACCUCAGGUGGAUCAGAACAUGUGUUCAUGUGACAUUUAUUCAUCCGCAUUUUGCCUUCUCUAAAUUGUUUUGUUGUGAUAUUUGUCCAUUUUUAGUGACAUUUCCAUUUUAUGUCUUUUCUGUUUUUUUUUUUUCUGAAAUCUAGAUUGUCCUUGCCAAUAUCUUUCCAUUGUUCCAUAUCCCUCUGCAAGUUUGCCUGUUGGAUCCUUCUUCUAACAAAGCACCUUAAAUAGCCAUUCAGGAGUUCAUAAGGUUAUGUGCCUUAUCAGAAUCCUGGAAACCUCAGCAAGUUCAGCACAUGAAAAUGCACUCAAUCCUGUCAUUAGCAGAGUACACAUUGGAACUAGUUUCUCACUCUUACACCCACCAGAAUAGGCACGUUAUUGGAGAUAAAAAUGCAAAGGAUGGUGAGGAUGUGGAGGAACUUGAACUGUCAUGUUACUCUGGGAACAUACUUAGUUUCCACCAUUUUGAUAAAUGGCUUUCUAGUGUGUACUGCAGUCAUCAGCACCUGUGACCCUACAGUCCCACUCCUGCCACCUAUGUUCAAGAGACAUGAGCCAAGGAUGUUGUCCACCUCGGGGACUUUACAGAAGCCUUGUUUCAGGCAACCAUCAUGAGAAACAGCAGAGUGAAUGUAAAAAACACAGAGGUGUAAGCUAGUUGUGCCAACUUUCUACAAUGCUGUAUGCUGACCCAGCAGUACAAAAUGACAAAUGUUUCAUCACGUGGAACAUGGGUGAAAUUCACAUAUUCACAUAUAAUUUUCAACCAUAAACAGAAGAGUACAUGCUGUAGGUUUGCAUUUUUAUGAUGUUUAAAAAUAAAUUUAAAAUAUGUUGAUCAUGAUCAGAGUAGGUAUCUCCUAGGGUUACUGCCUGGAAAUUAGCUGAAGAGGGACUGCCAGGAGAUUUACAUCUGGGUGGUGUAACAGUGUCUGUAAGAAGGCAGCAGUCUGUGUCAUAUGUGUGCACUGCGCCACAGGUAAAACAACCAUCACCUAAAAACUAAUGCAUAUCAUAUCUUUCCAUCGUGCAAACAUCCAUCCUUAUUGUCUCCCUGGGAGUCUAUCUACAUUUUAAAUAGAAGUAACUUCAAUUUUGUAUGUACAAGAACACGCUCACACUGCUCUCUUUUAACUGGGAAAAUCAUGACAGCAAAUUCUGUAAAAGACAUGACAAGAAAGGUGGAUUAAAAGUCAAACUCUUUCGAA